AAAGCAUCUCACCUUUGCUUUGCUUUUUUUUCUCCUUGGCUUUUUUGCGAUCAGUGUUCAGUAGUUGCACAGCACAGCCGGGGAGCAGCACGAGUCACUCGUCCAAUCCUAGUGUGGUGAAUAAGGUCGAAGAUGGGCGAGUGGGGAUUUUUGGCAAAGCUGUUGGAUAAAGUGCAGUCGCACUCCACCGUCAUCGGGAAAGUGUGGCUCAGCGUACUCUUCAUCUUCAGAAUCAUGGUCCUGGGAGCCGGGGUUGAGAAGGUGUGGGGAGACGAGCAGUCGAAAAUGAUCUGUAACACCAACCAGCCAGGCUGCAAGAACGUGUGCUAUGACCACGCCUUCCCCAUCUCGCACAUCCGCUUCUGGGUCCUUCAGAUCAUCAUCGUGUCCACGCCCACUCUGAUCUACCUGGGCCACGUCAUGCACGUGAUCCAUAAGGAGAACAAACUACGUGAGCAACAGAGCAAAAACAACUCCUCCAUGCUAAAACUUCCCAAGUACUCGGAUGACAAAGGCCACGUGAAGAUCAAAGGCAACCUUUUGGGGAACUACAUGACGUCCAUCGUCUUCCGUAUUAUCCUGGAGAUGGCCUUCAUCGUGGGCCAGUACUACCUGUACGGUUUUGUCAUGGAGGCCCAAAUUGUGUGCACGCGAGCGCCCUGUCCGUUCACGGUGGAGUGCUUUAUGUCACGACCCACCGAGAAGACCAUCUUUAUCAUCUUCAUGCUGAUCAUGUCCUGUGUAUCGGUGCUGCUCAAUGUAGUGGAGAUCUUCUACCUGGCGUGCUCGAGGAACGCCCGGAGAAGAGCCAAAAUAGCCGGCGGAGCCCUGCGGGGGCCAAUGAACGGCAGCGAAUUCGUCAGAGCGUGAGCGACUGGACAAAAUAGCGGCCGGCAGAAGAGAAAUCC